UGUAUAGUUGUACAACGCUACAACUAUACAGAGUUACUUCGUUAAAUCGUCGACGGACUGCAGUCUCGCAGAUUCCGUCGAAGCGAUCGCACGUUUGUACUUGGGAGUUAUUAUUACAAAGUUAACGAUCACUUAAAGCAUGUUUUAAAAAAAUGAUAAAUUUUAUUUAAAGUGUGGGAAGGAUUGUAAUUCAAUUUAUCACUGUUAUAAAUCAAAUUAAUUAUGAUUUUAAUAUUUUCAUCAAGUUUGAGUAUUCCAUAAAAGAAACGUAACUUAAUAUAGUUCCUUUUAAUCAAAACAAGAGUUAAAGCAUAACAUUUUAUUACUGUUUUGUGUUAAAAAAAAUAGUGUUUUGAAUUUUCUUUCUCUUUCAAUGAUAAUGGAUGUACUUAGUGAUUAAUUAUUGUUAUAUUACACUAUAAUUUAAUUUCGCAAGUUGUUAACAAAAUGUUUUUAAUGAAAUUUUAAACGAUGAAGAAGUUUGAUUAAAAAGAAGGAAAAUUCACUUUUGACUACAACACAGUUACUCUUAGAUAAUCCAAAUGGAAUUGUGCUUAAUUUUCCGUGAAAGUUUAGAAGUAGUAAUGGAAACGUGUAAAUAAAUACUUUAGUGCAAACGUUAACGAAAAUAAAGAUGAGAAUGACACUGAUGACAGAAAUCAUAAUGUUUCUUCAAUGGUGGUUUAAGACAUACAAAAGACAUUGAAUAAUGAUAAUAUUAUCUCAGUGGCGUGCUUAGCACGACAUUCAUUCAUGGAUAAAAUGCCAUAGAUUCUUCAAUUAAUCACUGUUUUUUUUAUCGUCGCAAAUUGUUUGACUAGAUAUACUUGGUUGUUUUAAUUAUCUUUAUGGUCAUUAAAAUUAACAUAUCACCAUGCACAUCAAACACCACGAGAUUGAUAUUUAAAUGAAUAAUUAUUAAUUGUAAGACAUGUGUUAAAAAAUAAUAAAACCCUUUUGAGAUGAUUAAAAAACAAUUAAUGAAAUAUUAAAUACAAUCAAGAAAAAUUCAGUUAUUAAAAUGUAAUUAAGAAUGAUCAAUUCUUAUUGGGGUGUAUUAAAAAUGCAAUUAAAAAAACCAAUUAGAUUGAAAGAAAACAAAUUAUUCAAGCUUAAAAAAUAUAAAGCUUGUAAUAAAAAUACAAGAAAUAGUUAUUUAUUAUGUCAUAGAAAAAUAAAUAUUGAAUAAUUGAAUACUGUAUUGUCAGCUAAAUGAAAAAAAAUAUGCGGUAAUAUGAAGCUUCAAAAAGAAACUUGAGAUGAAAAAAAAUUUGUUUACUUUAAUAAUGACUCCAUACAUUGACCCAGUAAUAGUUGGACUUUUGCUAUCAGAUUUACUGCAAAAAGCAGUUGGAUUAAAUGAUGUUGACUUUGUGGAGGAUGCAGCAAGUCAUGAUAACAGCAGUAACAUGACAAAUGGCAACAGUAAUUGUUCAAAUAAUUUGUGCAUUAAUGAUGAAGAAUACAUAGAUUUGAUAGCUGAUUUUUUGAGGCCUAAUCUAUACGAUUGGAUACUUAUUACAAUGCAUAUUAUUGUGUUCGUUUGUGGAAUUCUAGGCAAUAUGCUUGUUUGUAUUGCUGUAUACAGAAAUCGAUCCAUGAGGACUGUCACUAAUUAUUUCAUUGUUAAUCUCGCUAUAGCUGAUCUCAUGGUAAUAAUAUUCUGCCUUCCUUCGACUGUCCUUUGGGAUGUUUACGAGACGUGGUUCUUAGGAGAGAAGCUCUGUAAAAUUAUUCCCUAUCUACAGACAGUGUCAGUUAGUGUAAGUAUAUUAACGCUGACUUCGAUAUCAAUCGAUCGAUGGUAUGCUAUAUGUUAUCCUCUCGAGUUCAAAUCAACCACAAAGAGGGCAAAAAAAAGCAUCUUAUUCAUCUGGCUUUUCUCGAUUAUUUUCGAUGUACCAGAUUUAGUGGUCCUUCAUGUCGUCCCGCCAGGACACCUUAAGGUAGAAACGAUUUUUUACACACAGUGUGCAAGAUCAUGGAGUCCAAUGAGUGAUACAAUCUUUACUACUAUUAUUCUGAUAUGCCUUUACUUUGGGCCACUUACUUUUAUGACCAUUACUUACUGGAAAAUUAUUCGGGUACUUUGGAGAAGUCAUAUUCCCGGAUAUAAUUUGCCCAGGUGUGCAGCACCAAUGCCAUUGGCAGCCUCGACAUUGAAUGAAAAUCUUGAAGAUCAACUAGCAUCUAGGAAGAAAGCAGCAAAAAUGUUGGUUGUUGUAGUCUUUGUUUUUGCAAUUUGUUACGCUCCAGUUCAUUUGCUCACUAUUCUCCGGCAAUCGAUUGGUUUACCGUCGAAUGAUUUCACUGUAACAUUUAGUUUAUUGGCUCACUGGAUGUGUUAUGUAAAUAGCGCAAUCAAUCCCGUUAUUUACAAUUUCAUGAGUGGAAAAUUUCGUAAAGAAUUCAGACGUUCAUUUAUGUGUACAAAAGAGAUGUUCGAUGAUCGAGGUGUACAAAAAUUAACAGGGAUCUUCAAUACUCCAGAGUCACGUUCUCAAUCACAAAUGCGAUUGGGUCAUCAAAUGAUAGAUGAUUCCAAUGGAAAUCAACGAAGUACUGAAGUCAUACCACUUACUGAUAUAUCACGACAAAAUACUAGACGUGUAUAAAAGAUAUUGGAUUUCGUGAACAGCAUUGCAAUCUUGAAUCUCAGAAUGAAUGGAGAGCAACAAACCGAAUUUAUUAAUGUAGGUACAAAUUUUUGUUAGAUCUUGCCAUGUAUAUUUGAUGACAACGAUUUAUAUAUAUAUAUUUAAAACAUAUCAUAUAAGUCUGUACUAAAUUGAUAUAUGUAUAAUAUUUUAUUUUAUUAGUUAAGAUAAAUGUUGAUAGAUGUGAAUUUUAUGUAAAAAAUUUUUAAGAUGAUUUAUUAGUAUCAUUGGCUCAAAUUUCCAUUCAAAUAAUAAUAUAUCAUUAUUUAUUUUUGUUGAUAUGCUGUGAAAAUAUUAGA